AUGCCGAUACACUAUAUUUCGUUCGCAUUAAGCGGUGUAACUGAUCGCGUUUUGGAUGCAUCACCAAAUACAGUCUGGCGUGUACGGGUACGAGCUGAGAACGAGGCUGGUGCAUCGGACUGGAGCAAAGAGGUGUCAAUUACAACUGCUGAAGGUGCGCCAAGCGCAGUACAAGACCUUGAUGCUCGUCCAUCCGGACCGGAAGCGGCAGCAAUCUCCUGGCGUCCACCGGCGCAGCCGAAUGGUGAAAUUACGGGAUACACGUUGGUAUACCGGCUGAAAUCUAGGGGUGAAUGCGGUCCACGAUCAGCUCAGCCAAUCACGAGAAACACACUUGCUGAGGGAAUCCUGCUUGACGGCCUCUUACCUGAUUCAACAUACGACGUUCAUGUUACCGCGCACACUUCACAAGCGGGCCCACAGUCUAACAUUGUUACCGUUACUACGAAUGAAGAUGGUGAGCUAAUUUCUUAUUCGUUUCUCUAA